AUGGCACCGAAAGCUUUGACGGAUUGCCCCGAAAACCUUCGAGAGGCGAUCGACUGGCUCAUCCAAGUGAAGCACGGUGGCGGGAUCCCGAUUAUAUGCGACACUCUCGGUACGUUGUUUGACAAUGUUGUUCAGGACGCUGAAAAGUCUUUGUCGUCUCUCCCCGAAUCAGAUGAGCCGUCCGCCAGAGAUGUUAUCUCCAAGCUUCAAGGGUUUCGGAGCUCUCUUCAGAAAAACCCUGAGAAUAAUAAUCAAAACAUUUUACAUAAUCUCUGUUCCUCCCUUGAGAAAUUUCUAGGCUAUCGGUCUCCUGGAACCUACGAUGGUUCCGGGAUUGUGUAUGGCGACGCCUCCCGUCUGUGCGAUGCCAUUUUAGCGUUCUUGUUUGGUGUGACCAGUGAUGUCUAUGAGAAUCAGCCGUACACUGCUGGUAGAACCAUAUUGCAUGAUGAAGUAAUUGCGAAGCUUGAACCUCAAUUAAGGCGCGGCCACCAGGGGUUUACUCACGCCAUCCCCCAGGUGGCCAGUGGCCUCCAUAAGUAUAACGCCGCCGUCGAGGCUUCGAACGAAAAAGUCCAGAAACCUAUUGAUGACUUGUUAGAAUAUAUAGAACCAGGCGGUGAAUUGAUUAAACGUGCUGAUGCUUUGCAGGUUGGCGGUGUUAAGGAAGCCGAGGCCUUGGCCGAGGCGUGUGUCAAGCGAGGUGAGGCGUUUAAUGAAAUGUACAAUCCUGAUACCCAAACAGCAAUGAAUAGCGCCGUGGAAGGUCUAAAUGAAAAAUUACGUGAACGUCUCCGUGCGGCGUUGAAGGCGGUGAGCCAUGAGACCAAGCGUCUUCAGACCUUGACGAAGAAGCAAAGGGAGAAUUACGAUGCUAUGAUUGCCAUGAUAAAGAAGGCGUUUCAGAAGUUGAGAGAGAGUGUUAAAAGGGAAAUUACUCGGGAAGUAGAUAAGCUCAUCGGCGAUGUGAAAUCCAGGGUCCAGAAAAUCCUGGACGACCUAAAGAGCAUAAAUGACAAGUUGAAGGCUUACGUUAGCGAACUGGGGGAGUGGAUCCAGGAGGCGGAGAAAUUCAUCCACUCGGCGCAGCAGUAUGUGCAGAAAAUAUUGGAUGAAAUUAACUUGGAGGAUUCGUAUAAGUAUCCUAAGCAGAUUAAUCGGUUGAUUGAUCAAAUUGAAAUACAACUUGGCGUCCAUGCAGGGGAGUUGGGCAAUUGGAGGGAGGCGGCAAAAAAUGUUUUUGAAACUGUGAUCCAGAAAUCUGAUGAAGUUAGUAAUGAUCUGGAUCCAAUGAAUACUAGAGCGGACAUUGGCAGAUACAUUGGACAUGUUCAAAGGGCUAACGCAAAAAUUGAGACUGCGAAUAAUAAACUUGGCGACCGUGUUGCUGAGUUGGAAAAGUGGAAGGAUGCAGCAAGUGGCGUGCUUCAAAAUGCUAUUAGUAGGGGUAAAGAAGUGUACGAUCAGUUGGAUCCUAGUAGUCCAACAUAUCAGAUUGGCAAGAACAUUGCAGCAAUUGGCACCGCUAAAGGUGCACUUGAAGAAACCAAUAACACUCUUCUCACACAAGUCAACAGCCUGAAUUCUUGGAUUGGGAGUGCGGAGGAUAUCCGUGCUAAGGCACAGAAACACGCGGAGGAAGCCUAUAAGAAACUUAACUACAACGAAAAAUUAGCGUUGAAUAUUAAAAACAUAGAGGAUGCCAACAGCAAAAUAAAAGAAGUUAAUACAAAUAUUGGCAGACACGUUGGUGAGUUAGGUGACUGGAGAAAUGCGGUGGAGUCUCUGCUGGACGGUGUGAUCUCAGAUGCUGGGAAAGUGAAAGAUAAGUUGAGUCCUGAUGACAAAAGUAGGCCGCUUAGUGAGCAGAUUAAUAAAAUUAGUGAAGCCAAGGAUGCAAUUGUCAAGGCUGAUAAACAACUUGAAAACCAUCUUGGGAGUUUGAGUGACUGGAAGAGAGAGGCUGAGAGUGUGCUUGUAGGAGCAAUAAAAAAGGCGGAGAAUGUGUGGAAAGCGUUGGAUGAAACAAAAAAAGAAGAUAAAUCGCUUGGAAAAAAUAUUGAGAACAUUGAGACCGCAAAAAAGGCGAUUGAAAAUGCGAAUCAGAGUCUUGGUGAGGAAGUUGGGCACUUGAAUAACUGGCAUACUGCGGCUGACAAAAUUGUCGCAGCUGGAAAAGUGAAGUGUGAAAAAAUUUUGGAGAGAGUUAUUAAAGAUGGCAAAACUGAGGGUACGCAAAUUGGUAUAAACGCCCAAGCCUUACAGAAAAAAGCUGAGAACCUUUUGGAAGCCUACAAGAAUGCGUAUCCCAAUGUCAGCGGUUUAGUAAGUAAAGUUCAAGGGGCCAUUUCACAGUUGGAAGCCGGCAUGAAAAGCGAUCUGGAGAAUUUGCAGAAGAGUAUUAUUAGCAAGAUGAAGACACAUGUUGGGAGUAUGCUUAGUGAUAUUAAGAGCAGUGUGGAGAGCAUUAAGGGGAAGGCAGGAAAUAUAGCUCCAAAUAGUCAAUGGGAACAUAGUAAUAUAGGCUCCGGCCUUGCAGGCAUUUCAACGAAGGUGCAGAAAUAUUUCGAAGCGUUCAACGGGCAGUGGCCGUUUGACCGUAUAGUCGGCGGUUGGAUCGAUGACAUUCUGCAGCACAACGGUGUGGUUAAAAAGCUGCUUGGAUGGCAGAGUAGGCAGGCGCAGACACUUGAGGAGGAGCUGAAAAACAGUGGUCUCGGAGGCUCAAUUAAGUCGCCGCUCGAAGAACAAAUUAGCCUGGCGGUUGACGUGUUCACCAGUGGACAAUCCUCUGCCGUCGGCAUUAAAGGCAAAAUCUCACAGGUCAAGGAGGCCUGCGAACUGUUCGCCCGCUGGCUUGAUGAGGCGCUGAAGGAUGCGAAGAGUGGCGGUGUCCUUGCGAUGGUCAAGCAGGCUAAGGAUGCGAUGGUGAAUGUUGACGCUAGCGAACGCAGCAAACAAAGUCACUUAAAAAGUAUCAUAGAAAAGGCAAACUGCACAUGUGGUUGCGGAUACUGUGGCAGCGGAAGUAACGAUAGGUGCCAAAAAUGCCAGAAACCAGACUGCAUCCUCACUCAAGCCGUCGCCACCACACUCCUUGCCGUGUCCUCGGUGGGCCGGCAGGUGGGCAAGGAGCUUCACUCAGUGUUCCUCAGUCCCGACGACGGAAACAUCGCAGGCUUCCUGGACGCUGCGAAGGCGGCAACUGAUAAGCUGGACAAGAAUCUGGAGGAAGCGGAAAAAGAGGCAAAUAAAAAAGACAGCACCCCCGCUCCCACUGCCGGAGACAAUCCUAUUUUGCAGAGCGUUAACGGGAUUGCGACGCAGGUUAACAUAGCAAUGAAAGGCAGCGGUAAUACUAAUAUAGAAGUUAAAACUACGAUGACGAAUUAUGAGCAGAAGAAAAAGGAGCCAGCAGGUGCACAAGGCCUGUACAAAAAACUGACCGAAGAAGAUAUUCCCCAGGCGCUGCAACCUUUCCAAGACAAAGCUGGACUCAACAGCACUGACCAAGUUGCUGGUCAAAAAGGAGAAGUCGGACAGCAAUUCCAAAAAAUCAACGACGAACUCCAAGCUGUAGCCUGGCACGUUAAUAAGGAUAAGACGUGGCCGAAAUCGCUGGGACCCGAACCGAAUGAAAAUGAAGGCCUCACGCAAUUGUUGGAAACGCUUAAAGAGGGGCUUGAAAAUAAAGCGUUGGAUGGAGUUGGUAAAGCUUUGGUACAAAUUAAGACGGCGAUUGAACAGUUGAAAACACAGACGUAUGACAAACAACCUCAGCAAAUCCAGACUGCAAUCGACCAAAUUAAGUCGACGCUUAGAGAGCUCAGAGAGAAGUUGAAGAAGAGUGAUAAAGAUGACGUCAUCUACAGACUAAAUGAUUUGAAAGAGAAUGGUCUCGAAAAAAAACAAAAAUGGAAUCCAACGAAUGGUGGCAAAGCAGUCGACGGCCUGAUGAAAAUUCAUAAGGAGAUAAAUAAUCUGAAAACCAAUGAGUUCACUACGCACCCCGGCAUAAUUGGCGACGCAGUCGACGUUAUUACCCAGGAACUUGGAAAACUUCAGAGUGAUUUGGAAUCGAAUGUCACCACCAAGUUGGAGAAGCUGCAGAGCAAGGGGCUUAAUACACAGGAUAACUGGGAUGAUGGUAAAAAAGUCAGGGGCUUCGAGAAUAUUAAAGGGGAUGUUAAUAAGCAAAAUGAGACGUUAAAAGAAAAGCACAGUGAAAUUGAGAAGGCAAUCAAAAAUAUAAGGUGGGCACUUAGAGUUCUCGGAUUCAAGUUGGACAAUGUGUAUACCGAUGAUGACGUCCUUGACAAGUUGAGAAAAUUAAAAGACAACAUUGGCCAAGGCAAAGCGCAAGAUGGAAAUCUCCAACAAAUUCACACCGUAAUUGGUGGACUACAAUCCGGUGAGUUUCGUAGAAACCCGCAGAAAAUUGAGGAAUCAGUGAACUCAAUAAGUCGGGAACUCAGACAAAUUCGACGUGAGGUGAGAACUGACGUCACCGAUAGGCUUAUGUCGCUGAAGGAGAAAGGCCUCGAGGACGGCGGAGCCGACUGGACGGACAAGAAAGAUGUCAAAGGCCUCCGAAAAAUCACGCGUGAGAUUAAGACUCUGCAGACCGGCGAGCUUAAAAAGAAACCGCAAGAAAUCUACGAUCACAUGCAGGCGAUGGGCUUCGCGCUCGCCGCCGUGAGAGGGAAGUUGGGCAAGGAUGUCACCGCCAAGCUGCGUGAAUUUACGACCGAGGCCCUCGGGCCCGGAGAGCACUGGGAGGUCAACGGCCAGCAGGCCAGGGGCCUCGAGAGGAUUGAGAGGGACGUGGAGAGCGUGCGGGAUAAAGAAGUCAAGAAGGUGAGAGAGAAAUUCGUGGAGCUGUGCAACGGCGUAAAGGAGGACGCUGAAUUUGCCAAGGCGAAAUUGGAUCGCCUUAAGGAGAGACUUUUCAACAAGCUCACAACUGCGAGGGGGAGCGUGCACAAAAUUAGGCAUGACAUCAGCGAGAUGCAGAGGAGUCUGGAAACCGGUCCCAUCAGGGACGCCGGAGCGUUCGUCAGGAGCCUGGACGUGGCCGGCAAGGCCGUGAAACAGCUGCUGGAAAAGGCAGUGGACAGGGAAAUAGACGCCGCACGGGACGCUCUUAUCACCGAGCUAAAUAGACAAUAUGUCGCCGACACCAGGGAACGUCUCCAGCAUUUUGCCGAGACGGUGGCCGAGGCGCUGCAACCGUUGCCGGCGGGAAUAAGUCACGACUUGACGGUGGGCUUCAAGGGCUUCAUGAAUAAAUUGGAACACAAAUUUGUCGCACAAGUCGCGAAAAUCGGGGAGGCCUCCGCACACCCCGGCGCUCGGGUAGAGUCCCCGAAGCACAAGUCGACGCUCAGCCACGCGGCCAAGACGCUGCGCACGGCCUUUGCGUAUCUCUUCCAGAACGUGAAGCGCCAAGAGGAUUUUGCCACCGACGCCCCCAAAAUUGCGCCCACCGCCGACGCCCUCGCCACGCUGCUUGGCGCCCUCCAGGUCGCCGGGCACUUCGACCACAAAUUUUGCCACAACCUGAAGAUACUCAAAAAUGAGCUUCGUGAGUUCGCACCCAAGAGCUUCGGCGUGCACUCCACCUUAAUGUCCCAGUCCCUCAAGCAGGGGCUCACCGCCCUGGCCGACCAUCUGGGCGGCGCCUACGUCAGCGCCUACUGCUGCCAGACGCCGAGUCACGCCGACGCUGCCAAGUACGCUAAGAUAUUACUCACCAUUUCCAACAUGCUCUACUGUGAUUUUGAUGACCUGCGUGCCGAGCUUUUGUCCGACGAUUGGGCCGAUUAUCGGAUCAGUCUGAGUAACCCCCUUGGCGUCUUCUUCAGGGACUCCGGUUAUCGCGUCGCCGAGGAUGGUUCCGAAGAAGCGGAGCUGCGGGACGACGCUGAGUGCAACGGCAGAUACAUUGGUGGCCUCCUUGAUAGAGACGGCAGUACGCUGUUUAGAAUCAGCAGUGAACGUGACGCCGGCGUUCUUAAAAAACUCUUCGACGUGCUCCUUACUUACUACAGCGCCUGCCACCUCAGACACAUCCCGUCACCAAUAACGCCCUGCAACGUGUACGAGAUGCUGUGCUGGCUCGGCGGGCUCUGGCACAACUCUGCGUUUAGCCGACUAAAGCGCUACAUGAAUUCGUUGUUCGACAGGCCCAGCGACGGACUCACCGUGGUUGUGCCUUCUGAUGUGAGUAAAUCCAUGGUCACCACCAUAAAAGUCCCCGACCUGACGGUCGCUCUCCAUGAGGUAUGCUCUCACGCCGAGGACACUGUCGUCAACGUGCUCGGCCACGGCCACGCCGCCGGCCGCUACGCUUGCGACCACUUCAACAACACCCUCAACCUCUCGUAUCCCGCUGAUCCGGCUGACCUAUUUGACAUGCUAGUUGGCAUACUCUUCAGAGUGUGCCGCCAGCUGUGCUUCCUCCACCGGCAGUGCUGCCAUGACACUCAGCUCGGCGGCUGGCGGGACUGCUGGUACGGCCGGGGAUGUGCCAAUCAGCAGUGUAACCUAGGUGCCAACCAAGGUGCUACCCAAAACAGUAACCAACUGGGUGACCAAACGUGUGACCAACACCCUGAGUGUGGCGUCAAGUCGCCGCUGCAGUCGUUCCUGGAGGACGGCCUCGUUGGCUUCCUGCCGCACUCCUUCACCGACCCAGGGUGCCAGGCAAGCUGCGCUGUCUCCUACCACCGCGGCAUCCCCUGUCCCACCCCAAUGGGUUUCCGCAACAUCAGCCUCACGGCCUCCCACACCAAGCGGGGCGACCGUCUCCGCAGCGUCCUCGCCGAUCUCUGCGGCACACCGGACACGCCCCUUGCCAGGCUCUGCGCAUUCCUGCAGUGCCUCCUCCACCCACCGCCGCAGUCACUCGGCGACCUCUUCGCCUUCUUCCAGGGAUAUCUCCAGAACUGGGGCGGCGGCUUCUACGCACUCACUGCCGUCCGCGCGCACACUCAGGACGCCUUCCUCGACGCCGUCAAGGACGCAAACCUGGGACGCACAUUCACCUUCAUCCCCACCGCAAUAUACGCCGCCAACGCCGCCCACCACUCCGCCGCCGACCUCUUCAGCUUCGUCGGAUGCUCCGCCUCGGCAACGACUUGCGGCCGCUACCUCCGGUCGCUCAGUUACCACAGCUUCGCCGUCUACUCCCCCGCCUACAGCGGGCACUACCUCAGCUGGGUGGUCUACCUCACGGAGACCCUUUACGACCUGCUCCACCAGCUGUGCGAGGACUGCCGCGGCAACUGCGGCUACCCGGGCGCCUGGUGCCAUGAGCGCAGCUGCGCCGAGAAUUGCCCUGUCACCUACAACGACGAGGCUCAACAGUCCACCAGCCUCACCACCGCAGGACACCGCCUCUCCUGCCGCUCCCUCGUCCAGUGCCAGGACACCCAUCCCACGCUCUACCAGUACGGCUUCACCCUCGGCAGUCCCUGGAGCCUCGAAGGCAUGGCACGCGACGAACAAGGCAAGCGCACGUGCAGAGACCUCUGCGCCCAGCUCCACAGAGUCCUCCACUCCCAACACUUUCCCUCCCUCUUCCAACGGAUCGACCAACUACUCUACACCAUACGCUUACCCUUCAUCUACACUGUGUUCACACUCUGGCUCACCGCCACGCUCUACAUCCUCCACACGAUGCUCUACCGCCUGGACGUGCUGCGCAUCCGCUCCCACCUCCUGCGCUCCAAGGCCUCCCAUCUCAUCGACGUCAAGGCGCUGCUCGCCGGAAGCCGCAAGAUGCUCUCACUCUACAAGGACGUCGACUACUUCGACGACGACUUUCACUCAUGA